CGCUGAGGCAGCUCUUGCCAGGAAGCUAACGGCCACAAGAAACAGGCUAAAUAGUCGCUGAGAGGAGCAGAAAUCCUCCAAUUUGCCGUGUUGUUUUCAGCGAUGUAGAGAAAAAAGGGGGACUGGUUUUGCUCUUUAAUAAACAGGACUCAUGACCCUGACGAGAGGAUCCUUCACCUACUCCAACGGCGAGGAGUACCACGGGGAAUGGAAAGAAGGUCUGCGUCACGGCCUGGGUCAGCUGACCUUCAGCGACGGCACGUGCUACGUCGGACAGUUUGAGAACGGCCUCUUCAACGGCUGCGGGCUGCUGGUCUUUCCCGAUGGCUCCAGGUAUGAAGGUGAAUUCGUGCAGGGGAAGUUUCAAGGUGCCGGCAUCUUCACUCGCUUUGAUGGAAUGAGGUUUGAGGGCGAGUUUAAAAGCGGCUGUGUGAACGGCUAUGGAGUGCUGACGUUGGUGGAUGGAGGCCCCGGUGGUGCUGGUGCUGGAGGUGGAGGUGGAGGCGGCAGCUCCCACGAGGGUCUGUUCGAGACCAACCAGCUGAUGAGGAGGGAAAACAGCCAGGGAGCUGUGCAGCGGGCGCAGGCAGCCGCUGCCAAGGCCCGAGCUCUGGCCAAGUGACGUGGACUACAUCACCCACAGUGCCCCAGGACCAGGAUCCUCCAUCACGCCGUCCUCCUCUCGGUUUGACCCGCUCAUUAUGUUAUAUAUGUUUUGGUCUCGCUCUCAUCAAGUUUGGUUUGACGUAGCCACUGAUUCAGAAUCAGCCUGAGCCAAACCUAGAUUUACUGUUCAGUUAACAAACCGGUGCUAAAUCUUCUUCAGGGUCAGUGAACCUGACAAAAACUCUGGAUUCAAACGUGCAUGGGGACGUUCUCCAGUAAUUAGGAUUUGGUGAUUUCAGACACGUGUGUUUAAACUGGGCUAAGUUAAGUUUGGGUUUUUAAUGUUUCAUAAAAUCUGAUCGGUUGUUUCAUAUUAAUUAUAAUUAGUUUUAGUCAUACGAUGUAUAUAAAUAUGGACAAUGCGUCCCCACUUCCUUGCAUUGGCCAAACGACAACAUUUUCCCAGCCCCCACUUUCACAUUUAUGUUUAAUUAAUGCUGCGCUUUGCUUUACCUCCACCACAUACACAGAAGUGUUGGAUUAUGCACUGUAUUUAUCUAUUUAUUAGUUUUGUUUUUUACAACUCGGAGCUGUUGGCAUGGCGACUUGUAGUGAUCAUGAUGUCACAUCCUGUUUCUGUAGCGUCAAAUAAUUAACAAAAACGAAACGGAGCCACGAUAUCGAUGACCCAACCACACUUCCUCCAAACUUAUCCAAAAGAAUUGACACUUGAAAUGUCAGAAACCAUCCCUGACAGAAUUGUGACCCAAGUCCCGCCCACUUACAUUGAGGGGGUGGAGCUUGUGACCUAUACUGCAGUCAGACACCAGGGGGAGCUCUACUUGCUUUGGCUUCACUUUAGAGGAGCGGUUCUACCAUCUUCAUACCGUCUAUGGUAUCAACUGUCAACAUUCGAAAAGAAAUUAAGGUUAGAAAUAAUUAAAACCCAAGAAAUAACUAAAACUCAAAGAAUCUGUUCAGAUUUUAUUGCCACGUUUAUGCAUUUUAUGCGUUCUGUCAACCACAAACCAGAUGCAAAACUAGAACAAGCUUCAGUGCCCGGUCCAAAUAUUACACCAGUAUUCUUAAGUUUGGUGUUUGAAAACCUGACAUAGAGACGCCCACAUUUCUGGCCUGGAUUAGACACUCACCUGCUUUUAAAUAUUACAACAUGUGAAUAUCAGCAGGUUUUUGAUAUGUGCAAAUGCUUCAGGAAUGAGGGAGACAUAUUUAUAAAACCCGACUUCAUAUUAACAUUAGCGGAAGAACGUUUCAUUAGCCAUGAGAAAAUAUAUAUGUAUAUACAGUAGUGUGCAUGUAGGCAGUGUUUAAACAACAUGUAACACUUUACUUCACUUGUCCAUAAUUCAUAAUAGGAGCCAAAUCAUUUCCUGACGCUUUUCACCGGUGAGACCGGUUUCAUUGGGCGUCGGUUAUGAGGAAAACAGUGGCCGUGAUGGAUUCAAACGACUUCAAUUAAUUAAUUCCCAUGAAGCAGUUAAUUGCUUUAGACAGCGUGGCAGAGGUCAGCUGAUACCGCAAAAUGGAAUGCAAAAACACAUUUGCCUACGUGCAAGUGUACACGUCAACAUACAGUCUUAUGCCAAUAAAAUUUCAAAUAAUUAUUGAAUAUUUGAAUAAAAAGACUCUCCACAGGUAAAAGCCAACUAAAGUACCGGAGUGACAAAUAUCUGCCUCAAUUUUUUCCUACAUUUAGCAAAAAAUAAAGGACAGGAAAAACACCGACAGCCCAGUUUUAACUUAAACACGAGACUUGUGUUGAUGAUCACCAAAUCCCCACUCGCUGGGUUUUCCCGCCCAGCCUUUCGGACGCGUGACCUCCCGCUGCUGCUCCAAUCAGAAUCCAUUCAGCAAAGUUGGUGAAGAAGAUAAAAAAAUGUUUUGUUUUGUUCCCACUCAGUGCCGUUACACAGCUCAGUCUGAUCACAGUCCAGCAGGAACAUCUUCCUCAGUGCCAACCACGCAGUGCCAACAGGCUGCAGCUGAUCCAGAAUCAGUGGCUGCUCCUCAUCAGGGAGGAGGUGGGGGUGGAGGACGGGGGAGCAAAACGACAAAAUGAACUGGGAAGGGAGGCACGUGGUGCGUCGGCUGCGGUAACGAGUGCACUUUCUGCCCCCGAAAAGCCUGGAAGUUUUCUGUUCCACCAGCUUUUACUUUUGGAGAAGCAGAAGAGGACGUGUUGAACUGCGCUCCAGUGUGUCUGGGAAAUUUAAACUUUCUUUUCACAUGGAAUUCCAGAUGUUUAAGAGCUCGUCCUGUCAGGAAAAGUGGUAAAAAUCCACUUUUAAGAGUUCAAAAUGCGCUUUUCUUUCAUUAACAUAAAAAUUUAAUUUUUUUUGUUUGUUUGUUUUUAAAAAAAAGAAUCUCUUCAGGGGUAAAAAUCCUUUAUGCAGUUUCUUUCCUUCUAGUCUCCACAACAACACCCAAUCAGUGAUUUUGCGUAAUUCACAAAAACACACACACACAAAAAAAAAAAAAAACAAUUAAAAAAAAAAAAAGAUAAAGAGGAUCACAAACCUAAAGCUUGUGAUAAGCUCUAAAUAACACAUGUUUGACACGUGCGUCGUGCCUGCCGGGAAUCAGUGUCUGUCCAUGUGACCAGACUGGUGUGUAGAUGUGCCAUAAAUGUGUGUGUGUGUGUUGCUGUAUAGCUGUG